GUUUACGGCCAAGGAUCUGGUGUGGACUGUAGGCACCAUGUCCAGAAAUUAAACUUGCUGCAGGGUGAGGCAGAGGAAGCAAUUGAUUGGACAUAUCGGUGCACAGAAGAAUCUGUAAAUGACAGCAAAAAUAUAGCAGCCCAACGUGAAGACAGUUCGGUCCAGCAGGAGGGAAGGGCACAAGUCAGUCGCUGGAGUAAAUAUCUGGACAGGGACAGUGAAGAUCAGGAAGAUGGAGAGGACAAGGCAGGUACAGAAAGGCAACGGUUCUGUUCCCGGAGGAAGAACACUGUGGAAGAACAAAGGAAACACCAGAAGAGCUUCCUCUCCAGUGAUGUUCAGGAGUAUGCAGAAGAAAAUGGAGUUUUCCAGCUUGCCUGCCGAGCCAAAAAGCACAAGAAAUGUUUAGUAGCAGUGCCUGAUCAAGAUGAUGGAGAUGCUGUUUCUGGAGACAGUGUGGUUCCUACUGUCUCUGAGUCCGUAUUGCCUGAGGAGAAUACACAAACCCCAACUGCUUGUACCAAGCCCUCAAAGUGGGAAAAAUUUCUCUCUUGUUCGGACAGCUACAGCGAAAAUGCUGCCAGGGCCAGCUUGUCACCACAGGAGGGCAGUGGAAGGUUGGGGCUACGCAGCACUGCAUGGCCUGCCUCAAAACUGCCUGGCACUACGGUGCCCAGCACCAGUCGCUCAGUUGAGGAGGAUGCGUUGUUCAAAGAACCUCAAAGCCAGUUGGUGAGGGCAGGAUCUGGUGUUUUAGAGACCGCUGCAGGAAGGUGCUGUUUGGAGAGCACAAGGAGGGCAAGCACCCUUGUUAACUGUAACACUGAGCCAAAGCCUAGCAGUGUUUCUUGUGAACACCUCUUCUGCACAGGUGAGGAGUUUGAUGAUGAUCUCUGA